UUUCCAGUUCGCCAAUUACUUCCAGUACCGAGUGGCCGCUCGAUACGUCAGAAUUCUUCCUCAGACCUUUCGCGGAUACAAGUUGUGCAUGCGAGCUGAGUUGAUUGGCUGUGCGUUUUGGCAAGUUAAUCUAGCGUCAAAUACGACCGCUGAACAAUCAAGCACCGUGAACGGACAGGUAGCCUCCAGAGCAAUUGAUGGAAACUUUAGUAGUGAAUCUUGUUCUCUGACCCAGACCGAAGACAAUCCGUGGUGGCGUGUAGAUCUGGGAUAUGUAACUGCCAUAAGAGAGCUUUACCUUGCUGCUCCUCGAAAUGGUACUGAGUUAAAAGACUUUGAAAUAAGGAUUGGAAACAGUACGGAGAACGAAGGUAAUGACAAUGAAAAAUGCGGAGAUAAACACAGCGUAAGACCUGGUGAUGUCAAAACCAUCAGGUGUAAUAUUACUGGACAGUACAUCAACAUCCGGAUACCUGAGAGCGGGAAAGCUUUAUCACUGUGUGAAGUGGUGCCUUAUGGAAUGGACCCGUCAAUGGUAAACUUUAGUCCACAGGUUGUCUUGAGUUACGUCAACUAUGUUCGUAUGUUAGAGUACAGGAAGCGACUAUUAGAACAGCAGGAACGAUUAAGGAACGCCACCUUGGAGGCUCAAAAAGCAGGAAAACAGCUGGUUAAUCAAGGUCAACAGGCUAUUGGUGGAGCCCAGCAACAAGGUCAGCAAGCGAUCAAUCAGGGGAAACAGUUGGCUGGCCAGGGACAAGCUGCUAUUGGUCAAGGACAGGCUGCAGUUGGUGGAGCCGUGGGUCAAGGACAAGCAGCUCUUGGCGGAUUUCAGAAUCAAGGACAACAGGCAUUUGGCCAAGCGCAAGGGAUGUUUGGUGGCGCACAAGGUCAAGGUCAACAGAUGCUGGGCCAGUUUCAAAACCAAGGAGUAGGCAUGGCAAACCAAUUUCAAAACCAGUUUAACCAGUUUCAGAAUCAAGGUGCAGGAAUGGCAAACCAAUUCCAAAACCAGUUUCAAAAUCAGUUUGGCCAACUUCAGAAUCAAGGAGCAGGCAUGGCAAACCAAUUUCAAAACCAGUUUAACCAGCUUCAGAAUCAAGGUGCAGGAAUGCUAAACCAGUAUCAAAACCAGAUGAACCAGUUACAAAGUCAAGGCAUGGGUAUGGUCAAUCAAUACCAAGGCCAGCUUCAAAACCAGUUUAACCAGUUGCAAGGCCAGGGCAUGGGCAUGGCCAACAGGCUUCAAGGACAAGGGAUGCAACUGGCCAAUCAACUUCAGGGCCAAGGUAUGGGCAUGGUGAACCAACUUCAAGGACAAGGCAUGCAAUUGGCCAGUCAACUUCAAGGUCAAGGCGCAGGAAUGCUGGGACAAGCGCAAAACCAGUUGAGCCAGCUUCAAGGACAGGGUAUGGGAAUGGUAAACCAACUUCAAGGACAAGGGCAGCAGCUGGCUGGUCAGCUGCAAGGCCAGGGAAUGGGGUUAGCCAAUCAGAUUCAAGGACAAGGCAUGGGUGUUGUUAAUCAAUUACAAGGUCAAGGCAUGGGUGCAGUAAACCAACUGCAAAGCCAAGGACUGGGGAUGACAAAAGACCUGAGUAAAACUUCUGAUGAUUUGAUUGAAAAGGCUAAAGACUUUUACAAGAAGUUGAAGCCUUGGCAGAAGAGAGCAGAAGAUUUCUACAAUGAAAAAAUCAAAGGACAAUAUUUUGAAAUGGGAAAAAGGUGGUUUAAUCGUGGAAGGGAAUAUGGUCUGAAGGCUCUCGAUGUGUUCAAAGACACAGUGUUGUCUGAGUUCAAAGGGCUGGCAAGUGAUAUUGGCGGAGAAAUAUCAGCAAUUGGAAACUACGAUACAAAAGAUGUCAAAGGUCUCCUGGACAAUGUCGAUAAAGACAAAAUCAAGGAAUUGGUUGAGAAAGUCAAACCUCUUAUUCCUGAGUACUACGAAAAAGCCAGAAAAAUGGCCACUGAUAUCUUUAACCAAGGGAAAACGGAGUUCGACAGGAUAAGAGAGGAGGUUGAAAAUGAGGCUAAUAAAGCCGUAGCCAUGGGAGAAGGGCUGUCACAAGAGGCCACCGGGCUUGUAGGUGAAGCACAGAAACAAGGAAUGGAAGCUGUUGGGCAGGCGCAGCAGGCCGGAAUGGGAGCACUGAACCAAGCCAGGCAGACAGGACAAGGACUUGUGCAACAAGGACAACAGACCCUCAACCAAGUACAGCAACAAGGAAUGGGAAUAAUGAACCAGGCUCGUCAAACCGGUAUGGGCGCCUUUAAUCAAGUCAGACAACAAGGAAUGGGAGCUUUAGGACAAGUACAGAAUAUGGGACAGCAAGGCUUUCAACAGGUGCAAAAUCUCCAAGGCCAGCUCAGGCAGACUGGUCAAGGAUUAUAUGGUCAAGCACAAGGUAUGGCCCAAGGGCUACAGGGUCAGCUAAUGCAGCAAGGCCAGGGACUGUACGGUCAGGCUCAGAGAAUGGGAGGAGGCUUACAAAGCCAGUUAAUGCAGCAAGGACAGAAUCUGUACGGUCAAGCGCAGAGCAUGGGCCAAGGCGCCUUUCAGCAAGGGAUGAACCUUGGCAGUCAACUGCAGCAGCAAGGACAAAAUGCUUUCCGGCAAGGAGCUGGAAUGGCACAGGGUCUCCAAGGAAUGGGAUCAAAUUAUUAUGGACAAGCUCUGAAUAUGGGUCAAGGAUUCCAACAGCAAGGCCAACAACUCAUGAACCAAGGUCGACAAAUGUCAGGGCAAGUGGCAGGCCAGGUACCGAGCCCUCAACAGCAGUGGCAGCACCUGAUGAAUCAGGGACAGAAACUUCAGAAACAGGGCCAGAGUCAGGGAGAGGCCCUCAAGAAACAAGGCGAACAGGCGGCCGGUGGUGGCUCCAAAUAGAAAUUAUAUGGCAACCAAACUGCUUUUAAUUCUCAAGUGGGCAGUCAAGAUGAACCAAAGUGAAUUCAAUGUGCUACAAAUGGUCUAUUACGUUUGCUAUUAAGUUCUAUAAUUGCAGCUCUAGAGACAUUUUGGAAUGUUUCGCGGUUAAAGUAAAAAACGUGCUAGUGAAGCUGCUGGUGCCAUGCUCACGUGCCCUACCAAUCAAAGGCGCCUCUAAUAAUUCUGCUAAGUUUGCAAAAUUGCUUUUUCUUCCUCCAUGCAGUUAAGAAUCGAGGAGAGUUUGACUUCAAAAUUUUAAAUUCCCUAGCGAAGGAGAGGUAGUAGUUUUAAACGAGUGUAUUAUUUCCAGUGUCCUUUCCUGACCGCAAUCUUCAAGUUUUCGCUUCAUGAGAGCAAACGCUAACCGACAACAGCUAAAGAUAGCUAGGAAUCUUUCAAGUUGUUACAUUACUUACUAUUUUUAGGGCCAAGUCCCAUCAAUAAUAGCUUGCUUUAGCAAAAACAAGGCUGCGUAUGGGUUGAGAAGCAACAAUUUGUACUUGAAGUUACACGCAAGCGUUUGCUUCGAUAAGCUAUAUAUCCGGCGAAACACAUAUAUUUAAAUUGAUGUACGACUUUUAUUGUCUCUUGUAAGGUGAACUAAGCCUCUCAUUUGAUGCCGGGAUUAUACUCACAUACUACUGCCGGUACUCCCUGGGAUAGUGCUUCGGCAUAUUCCUUACUGGUUCUCAGAAACGCAAAUGAUAUAGGACGAGAGUACAUUAAAGCGGGUUGAAAUCGACAACCACAGGUCAGGACCAAAGCUAAUACACCAAAAAAACAAAACAAACAAACAAAAAAAACACUUUGUAUUAACGUGGCCACACCCUGAUAUUAUCGUUUCCUUUUGUCCUUCUUUACCCCUUUUCCUUUCCCGCUCAGGUCAGUUCCCUAGCAGCAUCUCUUCGUCAGUCAGGUUCACAGGCUGUCUAUUUUGAAUUGGAACAGUGGUGGUGUUCCCAAUGCUUUCCCACGACAAAUCAGCGGCAUAAGGGGCGAUUGCUUUUAAAAGGCGGAAUGUGAGAAUUACGUUUUACUCCAACAUGGAAAUCGCAUUUCAACUUUAAUUUCGUGGUUAUAUGAUGUUUUUCGAUCCAGACGAACGAAAAAGAAAGCAUCGAUACUUAACGUCAAGUCUGGUCAGUACGCGAUUUACAUUCAUGCUCUCCUAGCAAUGAAAACACUACACUUCACUUUUGUUUAAAAAAAAUCCCUUUUAUUCCUUUCACAUCAUAUUGCAAGUGUUUAACCUGGGGUUAUUGAAAGUCAUUAAACACAUUGCAGAAAAUAAACAAUAAUAUCACUAUGAUUGGAUUUUCUCGUUGCUAUAUUUUUCUUGAGAAACAUUCACUUUUCAUUCUGAAAGAGCUAUCUACCUCACCGUCUCACAAUGUACGAGUACAAAUACAACAUAAUACAAAUAUAUAUAGCUUGUAAAACUCAAACUGCAAUGUUGUUGAAUCCGGUAAUCCACCUGUCACUCGCUAAUUAUCUGUAAAAAAAAAAAAAGAGAUAAAAUGAGAAUUGAGAAAUCCAUCAGUGCAAUAUGUACGAAAUGGUAAGAUGAAACGAGGAGAGCAGAGUAAAGAUCUUUUAAAGUUAAACAGUACUGAACUGGUUGUUCAUCAGGCCCCGGUUGUUCGAAGGCUGGAUAACGCUAUCCACCGGAUAAAUCGCUAUUCAGUGGAUAAGAGUUAACAAAACAAACCACGCUAUCCGCUGGAUAGUGAUUUAUCCGGUGGAUAGCGUUAUCCACCUUUCCAACAACCCGGGCCAUAAACGGAAGAAAAUAGUACGAUGUUUUAGGCGAUAACUAAAAUAAAUUUUUAUGAUCAAAUACAUUUUAAAAACACCGACCUUCGUCUCUUUUCUUACCAUUUCCCCCGCCAAUUCUCUUUAAGAGUAGUUUCUCGUUUUCUUGUCUACUAUUGCAAACAGUCCGGCGUGUAAUGAUUAAAAGCAUUAACAUUCAAACAUGGGCCGGCUUUCGAAUUUCCUUACGGUCGAGGCUGGUAACGCGGUAGGAAGAGAAAGAGCCUCAAAUCAAUCUUUCUUUAAAUUAUGUAUCAGGAGCUUAUUGAGCUGGCUAUGUGGAAUCUGAUUUCAUAACUCUAAACCUUAUAUAUUCAUUAGUUCACAUGCUGAAGACGGGUUGUGGGCUGUCAUAUACUCGUAUCUGUUCUACAGUCCGUCGUAAUUGUGUAUAAGUCAUGUCAUGAAACAAAAACGUAAAUAAAUUAACAUUGUUUUUUU